CUGGAGCAUUUCUCUGGGGUGGAGAGACUCGGAGAGCUAGGACUGUUUGGUCUGGAGAAAACUGAGAGGGGAUCUCAUCAAUACGUAGAAGAAUUUCAAAUGUGGGUGCCAAGAGGAUGGUGCCAGACAAAUUUCAUUGGUGCUCGGUGGCACAGCGUAGAGUAGUCCCUAAACUAAAACACGGGAAGUUUCACCUUAACCUGAAGAACUUCUUUACACUGAGGGUGGCAGAGCACUGGAAGGGGAGGCUGUGGAGUCUCCCUCUCUGGAGACACUCAAAACCCACCUGCACGUGUCACCUGCUUUAGGUGACCCUGCCUUGGCAGGGAGGCUGGACUGCAUCAUCUCCAGCGGCCCGUUCCACACGCAGCAGCUCUGGGUGAGCUGUCUCUAAGCGUACAAUGGAGGCGGGCGUGCUGCUCAGAGCCGCCGGGGAGCGGGCAGCUGGCGCUCCCCGCCGCUCGGCACGGGCUCCGGAGCCCCGAGCGGCGCGGGUGUCGCGGUGCCCGGGCGGGUCCCCGCCCCGCGGCGCCGCCGGGCAGGGCCGCGGCGCGAUGGGCGCGCUGCUGUGGUGGGACCCGCUGCGGGCCGGCAGCUCGGAGGUGGACUGGUGCGAGGACAACUACACCAUCGUGCCUGCCAUCGCCGAGUUCUACAACACGAUAAGCAACAUCUUGUUUUUCAUUUUACCACCCAUAUGUAUGUGCUUGUUCCGUCAAUACGCAAUCUGCUUCAACAGUGGAAUAUAUUUAAUAUGGAUUCUGCUAGUCGUGGUUGGAAUUGGAUCUGUUUAUUUUCAUGCUACCCUCAGUUUCUUGGGGCAGAUGCUGGAUGAGCUGGCUAUUCUCUGGGUUCUGAUGUGUGCUCUUGCCAUGUGGUUCCCUAGGAGAUACCUGCCCAGAGUUUUUCGAAAUGACAGGAGCCGAUUUAAAGCUGCUGUGGGUGUCCUGUCUGGAGUUACCACCUGCCUGGCCUUCGUUAAGCCUGCCAUUAACAACAUCUCACUAAUGACGCUGGGAGUUCCCUGCACGGCUUUGCUCGUUGCUGAGUUGAAGAGGUGUGAAAACCUUCGUGUGUACAAACUGGGUCUCUUUUCAGGUCUUUGGUGGAUGCUAGCUCUUUUCUGCUGGAUCAGUGACAAAGCGUUUUGUGAGAUCUGGUCCUCAUUUAACUUUCCCUAUUUGCACUGUGUAUGGCACAUUUUGAUUUGUCUAGCAGCAUAUCUAGGAUGUGUCUGCUUUGCUUACUUUGAUGCUGCCUCUGAGAUCCCUGAACAGGGCCCUGUCAUAAAGUUCUGGCCCAGUGAAAGGUGGGCAUUCAUUGGAGUUCCCUACGUCACCCUCCUCUGCGCACACAAAAAAACAUCUGUGAAGAUUACAUGAACUUGGAAGCCGUGGAAUGGGGAUGGAUUUUCAACUUACGUUCCAGCACAGACAAUAUUUAUAUAAUGAUAAAUGACUAGUGUAUGACUAGUAUUGUAUUUUCUUUUCUUCCUAAGAUAGGCAGCACUGCAAGUGUCAUAGGAAGAGGAGGGAAGUGUGUUCAUUCCUCUCUGAAGAAGUGAGAGGAAGCAGGAACAUGGGGGCGCUUGAACACUAAAGUAACAAAGUGGCUUCUUUGUUUUUUGCACUGUGUUUUUGAUGUAGCAUUUCUCUGGAUAAAAGCUCUUUUCAAAUA